UGUGAUUUCGAGAACAUGGCUGCCAGAAGAACUCGUAAAGGAAGUCAAAGCUCUGAUGGUCUCCAGAGAGACCAAGCAGCUGAUAAACUCAGGAAAAGGAAAGCUUUGUUUAUUCAGCAGUUUGAGAAAGAAGCACAGGAACGGAUAAAUGAAAUGGAGGCCAAACUGGACAAAUUAAUGGCAACGCUGGACCGAGCGGUAAAAAUAGAGAUGAUGAAACUGCCUCAGUCUCUUCAUACUACAUUGAUUAAAGAUAUAAUAAGCGCUCAGGAAACAUCUGUGGGGGAAGUUACAAUGGCUAUUGGGUCUGUGUCUCCAGAAAUCAGCAAGCCUCUGAGCAGGAAGCCCAGCAAAAAAGGUAAGGUGAGUGCCACGACUCCGGCAGCGGGACAGAGAUCCACCGGGCCAGUAAAAGUGGAUGAUAAGAAAAGGCCCAAGAAGAAAAUGCAGCAGAGUAACAGCACUGGGAAUCUGAGAUCUGUUUCAACAGUCAAUUCCAAAAGAACACAAAGCCGUCUCUUAAAGCUGAGUGACCAAGCUCUCCUGCUAGGGAGUAACAUGAGACUACCAAGUCGGUCACUGAGCGAUGAUCUCUCAGGAGUUGCUACAGCCACGAUCACCACGGCUCGUGGAGAGACCCUGUUUCUGUCAGAAGUGAAUAAAGAUGAAGUCAAACUCGAACUUCUGGAUGAUUUGGCUUUGUGCCAGAUGCAAAAGAUCAAGGAUUUGAUGGAGUACCUGUGCAACAAGGUCAAGCUAAAUAAUACUCAGUAGUGUGUCUUUAAAUGUAAUACUUGUUUGUGUUUAAUAUUCUAACUUAAUAAAUAUUUAACUUUU